AUGGAUGUGGACACUAUUUCGGAUGACCUGACCAUCCAGCAGGUCAUGCUGGACUCCAUAGAGGAAGAGAUUUAUGACGGUGUUGAGCAGGAGAGGGCGGAGAUCUUGACCGAGAUUGCCAGGCUUAAGGCUCUUUUGGAAGAAGCGAAGAAGCCGGGCGGAUCUCACCAAGCCGGAUCAUCCUCCCACCAGAGACCAGCAACACCAGAGCCCCAGCAUUAUUCUCCUGCUGAUUCAUCGCUAUCCAUCCCCGAAUCUACGUCCCAUGGGGCUAGACGCGACCAACAUAAUGCGUCGCAAAUUUCUCUUCCAUCUAGAAAACGAGAUCGAGACAACUCUUCUUACCAGGCAAACAAGUCGCGUCGUACGACACCAUCUCCACACCCUGCCACAAGUUUUAGUUCGUCUUUUGAUUUUGAUAACCUAGAAGUGAUCGAUCUCACUGGCGACAUUGACCCUGACUUCAUGGCCGAGCAAGUACGCCAAGAGCAAAUCCUGGAGCAGGAGAAAGCCGAUCAAGAGUUUGCCCGCAUGUUGUCAAGCCAAGGGGAAGGGGCUGCUUCUACGCCAAAACUUUCGCAAAAGUCCGCCCCUCGAGCUUCCCAAGCCUCUUCAUCCAACCCGAACAGCGCUUUUAAGAAAAUCAUGGAUACACAGAGACUGAACGGAAUGCCUUCUGCUAGUCAAGGCCGGAAUGGGCCCUCCGUGAAAAGGGAGCCAGGUUCCUCAAUGAAUCCAAUGUCUGGUGCAAUGCCAGGCGCAUAUGACCCCGCCUGGGAUCAGACCCCGAAGCAGUCACCAUAUAAAUCUGAAGUGGUUCCUCAGCCUGGAAAGUACCAAGUCCCUGCGAGGCACCCUGCAUCCACGGCCGGGCUCCGAGCCGACAACCCUAUCAUCGUGGGCGAAUCUUCGUCAUAUUCUCAACAGCCUAUUCCCCGCCAUCCGAUGGUUCAGGGUCGAGGAAACUCUUUGAGUGACAUAAUUAGCCUGACCUCUGGUUACGACUAUACGAAUAAUUUGGAUACUUUUGGAAAUCCCUUGCCUGAGCGGUUGACGAGUUACAUCAAUGAUAUGGUACAUGAUACGCGAGUUACAGAACAAGAACUGGAUGAUCUCCUACAAAAUAUCCGGCCUGAUAUGGAGAUCCCCGAGCGUGAUCGUGUUGGCACACCCGAAGGCCUUAAAGGCACCCUGUAUCACCACCAAGAAAUUGCCCUGACAUGGCUGAAGAAGAUGGAGGAAGGGACGAACAAAGGAGGUAUUCUUGCUGAUGACAUGGGCCUUGGCAAGACUAUCUCAAUGAUCUCACUGAUGUUGGCCCGUCCGCCGACUACAAGACCCAAGACAAAUCUCAUUAUUGGACCUGUCGCGCUUCUCCGGCAGUGGGAGGAAGAGAUCAGAGACAAGGUGCAGCCCUCCCACCGGAUGUCGAUUUUCGUACACCAUGGCAAUAAGAAACUAUCCGUAACCUCGGAUGACCUGGCCAGAUAUGAUGUCGUUCUUACAACCUACAUGACUCUGGCUGCGGAGAGCAAGCGUUUAGAGAAGUUGAAAGACGAGUACGAAGCACAGCGACGACAAAUUGAUUACAAUGAUAGAAACAUCAUCAAAAAGUUUCCUUUGCUUCAUCCUAGGACAAAGUUUUACCGAAUCAUAUUGGAUGAAGCCCAGUGCAUCAAGAACAAGAACACCCAGUCAGCAAAGGCUUGUCACAAACUGAAUGGAGUUCAUCGAUGGUGUCUUUCUGGUACGCCAAUGAUGAAUGGUGUGGACGAGUUGUUCUCCCUACUGGCAUUCUUAAAAAUCAAGCCAUAUUGCGCUUGGGAAAAAUUCAGACAGGCUUUUGGUUCCUUGUUUGGAAAAAGAGGUGAUCCAACAAGCGAGGCGAUGUCAAGGCUGAGAGUCUUGCUCAAGGCCAUUAUGCUACGUCGAAAAAAGAACUCUACAAUAGAUGGUAGACCAAUCUUACGACUACCACCGAAAACUGAGGAGACGGUCCAUGUCAAACUAACGCAAGACGAGCUUGAUUUUUACAAGCAGCUGGAGGAGAAGUCGCAGGUGAUUUUCAAUAAGUACCUCCGAGACGGUAGCAUUGGAAAGAACUACUCCCACAUCCUGGUUUUGCUUCUCCGCUUGCGACAGGCUUGUUGCCACCCUCACUUGAACCUCGACGUUGAUGACGCGGCCCCGACGUCGGCCGCUAACGUGGAAGAAAUCGUUCGUAAACUCGACCCUGCAACCGUUGAGCGUAUCAAGGCAAUUGAGGCAUUCGAGUGCCCCGUAUGUUAUGAUGCUGUUCAAACACCGCAGUUCUUCGUCCCUUGUGGUCACGACAGCUGUCAACAGUGUUUGGCCCGCAUAGUUGAUAGUGCGGCAACGAACAGUAUUCGGGAAGGCAACGAGACCACCGUUACCGCUAGAUGCCCCGUGUGUCGAGGCGACUUUGAGCCUGCCAAGUGUUUCAGCCUUCAGACGUUCCAGAAGAUCCACAUGCCGAGCGAUGUGAAAGCCGAAAACAAGGAGGACCUUGACGAAACCGAUGAUGGUGUCUCUGAUUCGGAUCUUGAUGAUGAAACCGAAGAUGAAGACGCCGAUGACGUUGAUGCAAAGGGAAACCUUAAAGGUUUUAUUGUAGAUGAUGAGGACUUCAAGGACGACUUGUUCGGGGCCAAGCAGGAAGACGAGGACAAGAAGGAUCAGAAGAGAAAGAAGAAGAAGAGAUCGAAGGGCAAAGGCAAAGAUCGCGCUUCUGAUGUGAAGCCUUCAAUGCUCAAACAACUCCGCAUGGAGGCCAACAAGAACCACGUCGCCUAUAAAAAGUAUAUGGCCUACUUGCACAAGACAUGGCUUCCAUCUGCAAAGGUUGCGGAGUGCAUGAAGCUUUUGACGGCUAUCCAGGAGACGGGCGAGAAGACAAUUAUCUUCUCGCAAUGGACCCUGCUUCUUGAUCUGGUUGAGGUCGGCAUGAAACACGAAGGGUUUGCCAAAAAGCCUGUGAGAUACGACGGCGGAAUGUCGGCGAACGAGCGUAACAACGCCGCUCACGAGUUCCGGACAAAGGAGGAUGUCAAAGUCAUCCUCGUGUCUCUGAAAGCAGGUAAUGCUGGGUUGAACCUGGCGGAUGCAUCCCGUGUUAUCAUCUUGGAUCCUUUCUGGAACCCAUACAUUGAAAUGCAGGCAGUCGACCGAGCAUACCGCAUUGGGCAGCAAAGAGAAGUCAAAGUUUACCGCAUCCUGACACAGGAAACGGUUGAGGACCGUAUCAUGGAACUACAGGAGAGAAAGAAGGAGAUGGUGGAGGCCGCGUUAGACGAAGCUGCCGGAAAGAGCAUCAGCCGCCUUAGUACGAGUGAGCUCAAGUACCUCUUCAACGGUAGGCGUUAG